CCCGGUAAAAGUUUAGUUCUGCAUGAUGUGCAGCUUGAAGGGUGUCACGACGUUUUGAUAAUAUUAAAAGCACUACAUUUGGGUAUUAUAUUCAAACCUUGAGUAGCCCUGAGCCAGUGACGUACUUCUUUCCUGCGUCACCUUCAUUUCUGUCCCAGUGAUCCCCACGAACAUUCUGUUAUUGUUGUCUGGGGCUGAGUAGCUGCGACGCAAUUAAUUAGAGGAUUUUAAAGGCUUCAGAGACACAUUUUAGUUAUUUUAUAGCCUCUGAAUAGCCUGGAAUGUUCUCCAGAAAGAAGCCAGAGCCAGCGAAGCGAAGGCAACACGAUUUAUCGCAGUUUGGCCUUACGGAAAUCCCAGAUGACUUUGAUCCCAGCGCUGGAUACGGGGACGACGAUGGCGGCGACAGCGAUCUGGAGGCGGAGCUGGCGGCCAUCGCCGGCGGAGGAGGAGGUAGACCGAAAACCAAGCCCAAGGCGAAGCUGGUCCCUGCCAGUGACUUGGACAAAAUGAUUGCCGACAGCUUGCGUGAUGUCAGCGACGAAGAUGAUGAUGAUGACAGUCUGGAACACGACUCGGAUCUGCUGGGCGAACUGCGCGGAAUUGGUGGCGUCGAGGAGACGGAGGAAGAGGAGCCUGCAGCCCUACCACCACCAGCUGACUAUGACGAGCCCGUCCAGACCUUCCUGCCCACUACCACUGUGGACACGUUGGGCGUCAUCAAGCAGCGCCUAGAGAUGUACAAGCAGGCCGAGGCGAAUGCCAAGGCUGCUGGCGAUUCCGGGAAGGCGAGACGUUUCGGAAGAGGUCUAAAGACCCUGCAGGAUCUGCACAAGCAGGCAGCAGCUGGCAAAUCUAUCAACGUAGAUGAUAUUCCGCCGGAAGUCAGUGUAAAGCCUGCUGGCGGUCAGGCUCCUCCCGUGGCAGCCGAGGAACCGCUCGCUCCUUCCACUCCUGCUUCCCCGCCACCUGUUCCGAGUCGGGCAGCUCCAGCACCACCAACUCCCUCCUCGCCAGUCGCACCCAUUACUCCUGUGGCCUCCACCACACCUCCAAAUCCCCUAGUGGCACAAAUGCGCAGCCGCCAAAACGAGUACAAGGCUGCUGCCCUGCAAUCAAAGCGCAGCGGUGACACUGCUACUGCCCUUCAGUUCCUUAAAGUGGUUAAGCAGUUCGAUGUUGUGGUAAAGAUGUGUGAGGACGGUCAGGAAGUCGAUCUCAGCGAUAUGCCGCCUCCGCCAGCUGAGUUCCUGGAAUUCUUAAACAAGCUGAAGGAGGGAGCGCCGCCAGAAGUAGUUGCUGAACCUACUCCAGCGCCAGCUCCUGAACCAGCUGCUCCCGCUCCAGCUGCUGCCACAAACUUGAUGGAGGCAUUGCAGCAACGUUUGGAAAAAUAUCAAUCCGUGGAGGCGGCUGCCAAGGCAGAAAACAAUACCGGAAAGGCUAGACGCUUUGGAAGGAUUGUAAAGCAAUACGAAGAUGCCAUUAAGUUGUACAAGGCGGGAAAACCUGUGCCUUAUGAUGAACUGCCUGUCCCACCCGGUUUCGGUCCCCUGCCCACAGGGGAUGCUGCUCCGGCCGCACCUACCCCUUCGCUGCCUACUUCCCCUACAUCGCCUCCAGCGACGGCGAGUACUUCCGCCGGCGGAACUCCUUCCAGUUCCAGUACGACUACGCCUACAGCUCCCCGAAAGGCUCCUACACCUCCUCAAGCGAAGGAGCUUACCACUCGAACGUCUGGCAAUCAGCAAAAAAACAAUCUCGCCGAGCAGCAAAUGAAACUUCUCCUUGAACGUCAAAAGGAGUUCAAGUUAGCAGCCAUAGAGGCCAAAAAAGCGGGUGAGAUCGAUCAGGCCAAGGAGUACCUCAAGAUCUACAAGGGAUUCGAUUCGCUGCUUAAUGCAGCCAGCAGCGGACUACCAGUGGAUCUCAGCACUCUACCAGUACCACCCUCCGAACGAGACAAUCUUGAAGCCUCAUUCGCCAUAGUCUCUGCCGAGGAAUGUGAUCCGGGCGAUGAUAGCUGCGAGAUUGGUGUUCGCAUGGAGGAGCAGCUGGCCAAACAGCUAAUGAUGUGCAAAAAUACUCGAGAUCAUCAUAAGGCCAUGGGCGAUGUGGCAGGCAUGAAUCGGUUUGAAAAUCUGGCUCUAACAGUGCAAAAGGAUUUGGAUUUGGUGCGGUACUCUAAGCGAAAGAAUGAAACACUGCCAAAGUUUCACUAUGAGAAACGUAGCUUUAACAUUGUGCAUUGCAACACGGAUAUUACGGACAGUGAGCUGGAAAUUGUUGUGGUCCGAGGAAUCAACUACAAUGUGGCCAAUCCCAAGGACGUAGAUACCUAUGUGCGCGUAGAGUUUCCCCUACUUAAUGAUGAAUCUUUUAAGACUAAAACCAAUGUUAUAAGGGACACUAGCAGUCCUGAUUACGAUGAGCGUUUUAAAGUUGACAUUCAGCGAGCUAAUCGUCAAUUUCAGAGAAUCUUCAAGCGCCAUGGCGUUAAGUUUGAAAUAUAUUCCAGAGGCUGCAGUAUAGAUUGUUGUGGACUAAGUCGUAAACUGCCCCUGUGUUGUUUCAGAGGGUUCCUGCGAUCGGAUACGUUGAUUGGAACCGUCAAUGUCAAGCUGCAGCCACUGGAGACAAAGUGUGACAUUCACGAUACCUACGAUCUAAUGGAUGGCCGCAAGCAAGUGGGAGGAAAACUGGAAGUCAAAGUACGCGUUCGCAAUCCGAUUCUUACCAAGCAAAUCGAACACAUCAACGAAAAGUGGCUGGUUUUGGACACCUAAGGCAGAAAUUGACUUGGAUCCUUGGUUAUUUGCGAAAAGCAAACAAAAUAAUAUGUUGUUUUAUUAGAAGACGUCUAUUCGCGGUUGUUCUCGAUUAAGUCACUAAGUAAUUCCUUUGUAUAUACUCGUCACAGGAAAUGAAAAUGGUCUAUAUACGCUUUCGCCGAUUCCUUUUCAGGAUAAAGGCAUAUAUGUAUUACGAACACAACACAUAUAAUAAUAUAUCUAUUUAUAUAAUGUAUAUAAGAUAUUGCCGGCGUUAAGGCGUAGGCGCAAGUCCAGAAGAUUGUGCCGGUGAAGUCAGUCCAUUCCAAGAGAGACAUAGAGAGUAGGAUAAGGUCCACUAGCGCCUGGCCGAAGCCUGAUUAUGUUUGCUUUUACUUUGCCCAAAUAUGUUCUUUUGAUUCCUAAACUGUUGAGCUACAGCUCCAAAUAUUCGACUAUUUGCGAGAACGGGCUGGUCUCAUUAAACGCAUCCACUCCUCGAACUUUAUAGAAACCUGUCAAGGAAAGAGAGGUACGGAUAUGGGAAUAUGUUUUAAUGUUUUUGGAGAUUUUCAUCCAAAAAGUUAUUGCAAGUGCAAAAAUAUGAGUUUUGAAAAAAAAAUUUCACGUAAUAAAUCGUUGUUACCUUAACUGUCCUCUAAUAAAAUCAAAUCUAUAAAAAUUUCGAUUUUGAAUAAUAUUCAGACUUAACUCAAUUACAUUAAUUUAAAAGUUCCCAUUAAAUUUAUUGAACUGUUCAGGAAUCAGUUUUACCAAUUGAAAUUAACUUGGUGAUUAAAUUAUUUUCUCUACUUCCUUCGUAAA